GCUCUGUGUGUUUGUAGACACAGAGCCUGGGCCUGUAUGCCUUGCAGCCCGCAGGUCUGAGCCUGCAGAGCUGAUUAAGUGAAAUAAUCAGUCAGAUAAGAUUGUUCCAGUGACACAGACAGUCAGGACCAAAGUCUAUAGGUACGACUGAAGACAUAACUUCACAAAUGGCUCUCACCGAGGAAAGGGGGAGGGUGAGCUCAUUCUGGGGGCAUCGGGCCUAGAUUACAAGAACCCCAGGUUUGACUCAGCCGCGUUUUGUGUCCAUGUGAAUUACUGCCAGAGAGGGAGAGAGAGAGAGAGAGAGAACUCCUGCAGUUGUUUGGUUGAAACUGCAGUUUCGCACCGGACGUUUAUAUCCUGUGUGAAUGGCUGAGCGGAAUUAGUUUCUCUUUGCUCCUGUCAUAACAGCCAGCUCCGUAUCCUAUGUAACUAUUUCUGUUUGGUACAUGGCGACAGUUCUCAUUUUGUGCACGCUUGAUUCAACUUAUUGCUAAUGAGCGCAAGUCGCAGCUUGUACGAGGCUCAGCAGCAGCAAACCUUUUGACAGACCAGAGGCAGCGGACGAAGUUGGAUUACUGUUGCGCUGGGGAGUGUGCCAUAUCCUUGUUUCUCCUGUUUUUUAAAGUUUUAUUUUCCCAGAAGAAGUUAUGACUUCGGUAUGGAAAAGACUGCAGCGAGUUGGUAAAAAGGCUUCGAAGUUUCAGUUUGUGGCUUCUUAUCAGGAACUCGUUUUGGAGUGCUCUCAGAAAUGGCAACCAGACAAACUGAGAGUGGUGUGGACUAGGAGGAACAGGCGUAUGUGUUCCAAGCUCCACAGUUGGCAGCCUGGAAUCAAGAACCCCUACAGGGGCAUGGUGGUGUGGCCUGUCCCAGAGAACAUUGACAUCGCUGUUACACUCUUCAAGGAGGCCAAUGCUGAUGAGUUUGAGGACAAAGAGUGGACCUUUGUUCUUGAGGGUGAGAACAGAGGGCGCCGAAAGGUGCUGGCAUCAGCAGACAUCAAUCUGAAGCGGUUUGCCAGUCCGACGCCGACCCAGACUGACCUGAUGCUGAGGCUGAAGCCGCUCUCUGUCAAAGUGAUGGAGGCCACGCUCAAGCUGUCGCUGUCGUGUGUCUUUGUUCGUGAGGGGAAAGCCACUGAUGAAGACAUGCAGAGCCUGGCCAGCCUGAUGAGCGUCAAACCCGCAGACAUUGGCAACCUGGACGACUUCAAUGAGAGUGAUGAAGAGGAGGACAAGAAGUCUGUCACUGCUACAGCUCCACACACUCUAACUCGCCCAAAUCGCCCCGCUCCCCCUCCACCUGACAAACGAAACUCUACUGGACCCACUUUCCCAGCUUCAGUUCCUGUUACAUAUCAACGGCGCCCCCAAGAGGUUCAAAUCACAGAUGAUCCUGCUUCAGUGUCUGUUCGUUCCCACAUUUUCAGGCCUCAGAUUGUCAAGUCAAUCGACCGCCCCACUUCUCCCUCACCUUUUUUUGCUGAUGCUUCUCCUCUGGCUUCAACACCUGAUGCCCCCAAAUCUCUCCCCUCUAGCACAAAGUCAGGUUCGACAUCCCCUCCAAGUCAAGUAGACAAAGAAACGACUCCAAAACCUCGGAGCCAUGGUGAAGAAGUGCCCAAGGUCACAAUCACCAACCAGCCAAUCAGACCAGCCCAGGACAUAAAGAUGUCCAUCAACGAAAACAAAACUGAACCAGAAAGAAUCAGCUCACACAAUGAAGAUGCUGCUGAGGUAGACAGCUCUGUCAGGCACAAGCAGCAGCCAAUCACAGCCAAAGACUCAGAAACACAUCACAUAGCCCCACCACCUGCUCAGCCCAGUGCACCAGCAGUUAAAGAGACAUUCAAAGAGCCAGAGGGACCCAGCAUGGAACCCGCAACCUCACUCCAAGUCUCCCACAAACCACCAGCUGAACGCACAGCUCUGGCACUGGAGACCCUGCUGCCCUCAAAGCCAGAACCAGUUCUCCAGUCAUUAGGAAAACCACAGCAGCAAACAUCCGAUGAGGAGAAACCAGCUGAUGCCAUAGCUGGUGGUCAGCAGAGUUUCAUCAACAACAAGGAACCAGUGUGCGAGGCGGAAAAGCAGCUGUGGGCAGCUGUGGAGGAGACCACAGUGGAGACAGGAGCAGAAAACGGGAUGGAAAGUAGUGAGAGCACUGAAGCAAAGGAUGAGAAGGAGGAGGAAAGAGGGGGGCUAAAACACCAGGUGACCGACGUCCCUGAUGGUCGACUUACUGCGUUAUCAGAAGAAGAAUCCUCAGACAUUAAGAGGCCUGACGCGAUUCCAACUGUUCGAGAGGCAGCUGAUGGGAAUGAUGACACAGCUGAGGACCUGGUGAACUCCAGCCAGUCACUGCUUCAGUGGUGUCAGGACAUCACCAGCGGAUACCAGGGGGUGAAGGUCACAAACUUCAGCACGUCAUGGAGAAACGGCCUGGCCUUCUGUGCCAUCCUACAUCACUUUCAUCCUGAUAAAAUAGAUUUUGGCCAGUUAAAGCCCCAUGACAUCAAGCUGAACAACAAAAAGGCGUUUGAUGGAUUUGAGGCACUAGGCAUUUCUCGUCUGCUGGAGCCGUCCGACAUGGUUCUUCUCUCCAUCCCCGACAGGCUCAUAGUCAUGACCUACCUCAGCCAGAUCCGCUCACACUUCACCAAUCAGGAGCUUAGCGUGCUGCAGAUAGAGCACAACAGCAGCCAGUCCAGCUAUGGCCUCGCCCCUUCUGGUCCUGCUCCCACAAACGUUGACGCCGCUGCAUUUUGCAUGGCCAGGCUGAAUGAAGGAGUGAGUCUAGAGGAAGGAGGGACCAGCACGUUGGCUGUUCCACCACCAAGGUCCAAACGACCGGUUAAAGUGGAUGAGAAAAUAACCCCUGUCCCACCACCAAGGGCAGCUGCAAAGGCCGUGAAAUCUGGACCGAUUCAGGAUAAAGAUAAAACGACAAUCUCUGCCACAGAGAGCACUAAGAAUACAGAGCUGCAGAGUGAAGCUGAGACCCAGCCUCCCAAACAAGAAGCAGAAACAAUGGACACCAGCCAGUAUGUGCUGAGUGAACUUGCAGCAUUGGAGACAGAGCAGAAGCACAUUGACAGCAGAGCUGCCGUAGUAGAAAGACGACUUCGAAGCCUUAUGGAAACGGGAAGUGACCGUGAUGAAGAGGAGAGAUUGAUCCAGGAGUGGUUCACUCUGGUGAACAAGAAGAAUGCUCUGAUACGCAGACAGGACCACCUAGAGCUACUGCAAGAGGAGCAGGAUCUAGAGAGGAGAUUUGAGCUUCUGACCAGAGAACUGCGGGUCAUGAUGGCUAUCGAAGACUGGCAGAAGUCAUCCACUCAGCAGCAGAGGGAGCAGCUGCUCCUCCAGGAGCUGGUGUCUCUCGUCAACCAACGGGAUGAGAUCAUCAGAGACAUCGACGCCAAGGAGAGAGGGGCACUGGAGGAGGAUGAGCGUCUGGAGCGAGGUCUAGAGAUGAGGAGGAGAAAACACAGCAACAAAGACAAAUGUAUCCUACAGUGAGAAGAAAGGACAAGCACAAACAGCUUUUACUGCUGAGCCCCCGAAAUGCUGAAAGAUUUUAUUUUUGUAUUUUGUUCUUAAUUUGUGUGCACAACUUAUUCUCUAGUGUGUUUUGGAUAAAGACAUAUCUAUUAGACUUUGGAGACUCGUAUUUUCCUUUUUAAGUGCCUUUAUUUUUCUGGAGAGCUGCUAGGUUAGGGCUGCAAACUACCUUUUUUGACAGUGUUAAAAAUGAAUAUCUGUUCAAGCAAUUGUUUUCAGUUUGACUUAAUAUAAUUUUGAUUAUAUUCACCUUUAUUUAUUUAAAUACUGCAAUUGCUGUACAUCUGUUGUACAUAUGUCAUUUUGUUUGUGUGUAUAUUCUGUGACUUCACUGAGUAUUUGAACUCUGGAUCUUCCUGUUCCUUCGGGAGAGAGGACGGGUUCAGUUUGUCAUGACAAGCUUGUCAAAAUGCACCGUAGCCCUGUAAAUGUUCUGCCAAAAAAUUACAUGUGUUUAUGAUGUGCACAAAAAUUUGUUCUCUUUCCAGUAAUCUCCACCUUGAAAUAAAAAGAAAUCUGUUAACAGAUAAAACAUUUCAUAUAUGAAAACUACAUGUGCUAAGUUAUGAGCUGGACGCAACUCGAACCCACAGUGCUGUUAGUACAUGCUACGUUUUCAGCUGCAGGGUGACGACCUGACGAUGUGACGAUGCAAAACAUGACAAUUUGAUAAAGUCUGAAAACUCUUCACAUUUUUAAAUAUUUUACUUUUUUUAAAGAUAUGUUUUUCCUGAUAAGGAGUUAUCAAAACCUUGUAUGCACACAAAGGAUGCUCAAGAUUGUUUUUAGCUGAAAGCAUUUAUUUAAAGAUAGACCCUGUGUGCCUUAAAUCACUCAUGUAUGGUUGUGAUGCCCAUGCCUGCUUUAUUCACAGAAAUGAACAUACCUCCUUUGUGUUGUUUGACUACUGUAUGCAUGCAUUUUGAGGUGUACUGAUAAAAUGGUACUCUGCUUCACAUCACUGCUCGCUACCUAUCACACACUAGAUGUGGUCUGUGUUUGAGAUGAAGACGUUGGUGAAUGAUGAUAAUUAUGAUGGAAAAAAAUAAAUAUUGGUUGG